GUGCUGGGUGUCGUGGUAGGGGGGAUCCUGGCCUACUUCUUCUACCAGUGGACGGACUUCAAGCGUUCUACCAUGCGGAUCUUCGUCGGAUCUUUCAUCGUGUGCGUGAUAGUGACGAUCUACGGCUGGCUGGCUCUCACGGGUAGAACGGGUCAGACCCGACACGAAGUGGGCACUACCAUGGGCUUCAUCACCAUUGCAACUACCGUCGUCAUGUACGCGUCCCCCAUGGCGACUAUCGUGAGGGUAAUGCAGACCAAGACGGCGUCGUCGAUGCCCUUCACGAUGGGGAUCGUGGUCGUCAUGAACAGCUUCUGUUGGGGAUUCUACGCUGCGUUGGUGGGCAACGCCUUCAUCCUCGCGCCCAACAUCGCGGGGUUCACUCUGGGUGUCAUCCAGCUGAGCCUCACCUUCAUCUACCCGCGGGCGGCACCCAAGGACGCCGUCACGGUAGAAGGUUAUACCGAUGAAGCAGCGCUGUCCGUUGUGGUGCUCUCCCCGAUCCAAGAUGGGGAGAAUGAGAGGAAGCUGAGCUCCGUGGACGGCAGGAAGAGCCCGAGGUUUGUGGCCAUGCGCUCACCCACGCGAGAGGAGACGCGGUCCUGGAGGGAGAUGAGGACGAGCGGCAGACAGCAGUGAGGGAGGGGUCGUGGUAGCGAAUUGUAAUCGGAUUUUUUUAAAGUUAAUUCAUUCCUUUGAAGUACGUA